AUUCAAAUAAAUGCAUUGGCUAUCGAAUUGGGUUUAUCUACAGAUGUAUUGAAUAGAGCAAUGAAAAAAGUUCUUGACAGUGACCGUUCACCUGCUUCAACUUCAGUAAUUGGAGACGAAUUCAGUCACAGUACUCACAACAUGCGUUAUGAAUCAUCACAUAAUUCAUCCAAGUCUGUGGGUAACAUUAACCAAGAACAAUCUUAUUUUUCGUCUAAUCAAAAAUAUGAACAUUCACAUAUGGGUUCUCGAGAUUCGUCACGCCGCACAUCUAAAGAUUUUUACGAGAAUUCAGUAAAUGAACCCAUAUCUACUAUAAAUCGUCGUCAUACCAUAUCUUCAAUAAGCAGUAGUUCAACUCAACAAUUCCCUCCAGAAGCAUUAUCUUCUGUCAUUAAAAAAACACAGAGUGGAUGGUCAUCGAUUAAUGUUAAGCUCCCUAGUUUGCAUCGAAAUUCUGUAGAUUCCGAGAGAGAAAGUUUAUCAAGCCAACUUGCUUCAAAUUCUUUGGAAUCAACAUCAUCUGUUCAUCCAAAGGUUACAAACGCGGUUACAGAUGAUAUAUUUGGUAAACAUGAAUUUAGUGAGAACUUCGAAAACGAACAAAACAAAGUCUCAAAAGAACAACAAGUUGAACGAUCAAAACUAAAAGAUCCAAUAAAAUCGACGGGACAGUUUGUUUUUGAACAAACCACAUCUUUUCCCACUUAUCCUGAACCAAAUAAACAAUUUUUUCCAACAAUAGGUGCAGGAAAACUUCUUCGAGUACAACACUGUGUAUAUCGAGCAACAUAUAGCUCUACAAAUGAUCUGGAUACAUAG